AUGGAGGGUAUAGAAGAAAAACUGAUCUCAGCUUUUGUGGAAGUGUUGUUAGAAAAGCUUGUUUCAACCGAGUUCGUGGACUACUUCCAUCUGGACUUUUCGCUCUUGGAAAAGCUAAAGACAACACUGGUGAGGCUGGAUAUGCUGCGAGAUGCUGUCUUUGAAGCUGACAAUUUGUUUGACCAAAUCAAUUUGAUCCAGUAUCAAAAUCAAACCGCUACUAAGGUGCUGAAAAACUUUUCUUUCCUUUUUAAACGCUAUAGUGGUUUGAUUAAUUCCAAAAUGCAAAAAUUAAUUGAAAAGAUAGAAGGCUUGAGUUCAGGAGAACAAUUCGUUGAGUUAAGUGUCUCCAAUUCCAGCACUGUUUUGCAUGAUGAAUCUUCUACAAGUUCUAUUUUGGAUGAUGAUGAUGCUUCUUUUAUUUAUGGAAGAGGCCGUGAUAUUGAGAAACUUAAAGAUCUUUUGUUGUCUAGUAAUGAUGGUGAUAGUAAAAUAAGAGUCAUUUCUAUUGUUGGUAUGGGAGGGAUUGGUAAAACGACCCUUGCUAAACACCUUUACGAUCAUCCUCAAGUAAAGGGAAAAUUUGAAUUAAAAGUGUGGAUAGAUAUCUCAAAAGAUUUUGAUCGUUUGAGUGUUUAUGAAACUAUUCUUCAAUCUUUCACUUCACAAUCUAUCAAUAAUGAUAACUUUAAUUCUCAAAUUCUUAAAUCUUCCGAAACAAAAGGAAAUCACACUAGUGACGUGACUACCGUAUACCCGAAUCUUCUAUUGGUAUCACUGCAGCAAAUUCUAAGCACUUCAAAUUUUUUGCUAGUCCUGGAUGAUGUGUGGGAUACGAAAUCUGUUGAUUGGAUAUAUUUGAUGGACAUCUUUAAUGCCGGGGAUACGGGAAGUAGGAUCAUCAUCACAACACGGGAUGAAAGAGUUGCAAGAUCCUUACAAACCUUUCUUUUUGUCCACUAUUUGAGACCUUUGGAAAGUGAAGAUUGUUGGUCUUUGUUUUCCAGAUAUGCAUUUGGAGCAUGUGACAACCAGCAACGAUCCUAUCUAGAAGAAAUUGGUAGGGAAAUUGCAAAAAAGUGUGAUGGAUUACCAUUAGCUGCAAUUGAACUUGGGGCUCUUCUUUACGGCAAGUUGUCUCCAGCUGACUGGAAUUAUGUGCUAGAAAGUAACAUUUGGGACUCGACAAACCAUGAGGUGCACGCUGCUCUAGAAUCGAGCUACUGUUAUCUUUCGACUCCUUUAAAAAGAUGCUUUGCAUAUUGCUCUCUUUUUCCAAAGAAGACCAUUUUAGAAAAAAAAUUGGUUGUUCAAUUGUGGAUUGCAGAAGAUUUAGUAGAAUUGUCCCCAGAUCAAGAAAGUUGGGAAACAGUCGGAGAGGAAUACUUUGAUGUACUAGUGUCAAGGUCGUUGAUACAACGUCGAUUUAUAGGUGAUAAGGAAGCAAACUUUGAAAUGCAUAACCUCAUCCAUGAUUUAACUACAAUGGUUUCAUCUCCAAAAUGUAUCAGAUUGGACGAACAUAAUCCAGAUGAAAGUGUACGUAAGUUGUCAUACAAUAGAGGGCUAUAUGACUCAUUUGAUAAAUUUGAUAAAUUGUAUGGAAUAAAAAGUCUACGCACCUUUUUAGCAUUACCGUUACAAGAACAAUUUCCUCGUUGUUUGCUAUCGAACAAGGUAGUACAUGACUUGUUGCCAACAAUGAAACAACUACACGUGUUGUCUUUGUCAAACUAUAAGAGUAUUACCGAGGUUCCCAACUCUAUUGGAAAUUUGUUAUACCUGCAAUACUUAAAUCUUUCUCACACAAAUAUUGAAAGGCUGCCUUCUGAAACAUGUGGACUUUACAAUCUGCAGUUCUUGUUGUUGGGAGGCUGUAAAAGGCUCACUGAAUUGCCUGAGAACAUGGGAGAAUUGGUUAAUUUGCGUCACCUUGACAUUAGUGACACUGCAUUGACGGAGAUUCCUGUACAAAUAGCCAAGCUAAAAAAUCUCAAAACGUUGUCCGACUUUAUUGUAAGCAAGCAUAAGGAUGGAUUGAAGGUUGAAGAGCUCGGUAAAUUUCCCCACCUACAAGGAAAACUUUCCAUAUCACAACUACAAAAUAUUGAUGACCCCUCUGAAGCUGAUCGAUCAAAUAUAAAGAUGAAGACACAAAUAGACGAGUUAGCUUUGGAUUGGGAUUGUGGUAUUUCGUUUCCAGAUUCACAAACUAAAAGAGUUGUAUUUGAACAUUUGCAACCUGCAACAAGUUUGAAAAGUCUCACUAUCAAAGGUUAUGGUGGAAUCAGCUUUCCAAAUUGGUUAGGUGAUUUUUCAUUUAGCAACAUGGUGUAUUUGAAGAUCUCGAAUUGUGGUGACUGUUUAUGGCUUCCACCCCUUGGACAGCUGGGAAAUCUGAAAGAACUCUUUAUUGAAGUGAUGCAAUCAGUACAGACAAUUGGUACUGAGUUCUAUGAAAGUGAUAUCUCUUCAUUUCAACCAUUUCCCUCCUUGGAGACUCUUCAUUUUGAGGAUAUGCAAGAGUGGGAUGAAUGGAACUUGGAUGGAGGUACGGCUACCAAGUUUCCUUGUCUUAAAACAUUGACACUAUGUAAGUGCCCGAAAUUGAGAAUAGGAAAAAUACUUCAAAAUUUUCCUUCCUUAUCUAAUCUUGAGUUAAGAGAAUGUCCACUACUAGUGCAAUCAAUGCCAUCAUCAAAUCAUAUAUUAAACCAACUGGCGUUCCCUCUAAAUUCUCUUCAACAACUAACUAUUGAUGGCUUUCCGUCUCUGAUGUCUUUCCCAACAGAUAGUCUACCCAAGUCCUUGAAAUUUCUCAUAAUCAAUAAUUGUGAGAAUCUAGAGUUCAUUCCUCAUGAAUACUUGCACAACUACACAUCGCUUCAAGAAUUAAAAAUAUCUUAUAGCUGUAAUUCAAUGAUAUCAUUUACCUUAGGCGCCCUCCCUGUCCUUAAGAGUCUGUUUAUUGAGGGUUGUAAAAAUCUGAAAUCAAUAUUAACUGCAGAAGACACAUCGCAAAAGAGUCUCUCAGUUUUGAGAAGCCUCAAAAUAUGGGAUUGUAAUGAACUGGAGUCAUUUCCCCCAGGUGGAUUGGCCACUCCAAACCUCAUUUAUUUUGCAGUGUGGAAGUGUGAGAAGCUUCCUUCACUACCUGAAGCAAUGCACACUCUAACUAAUCUUCAAGAAAUGGAAAUUGAUAAUCUACCAAAUCUUCAAUCUUUUGUCGUAGAUGAUUUACCUUAUGCUUUGCGGGAAUUGACUGUUGGCUCUGUUGGAGGGAUUAUGUGGAAUAUUGAGCCAACUUGGGAACAUCUCAAUUGUCUUUCAGUGUUGCGAAUUAACGGCGACGGUACAGUGAACAUGCUGAUGAGGCCAUUACUACCUGCAUCGCUUGUGACAUUAUGCAUUCGUGGUCUUAAUAAUACAAGCAUUGAUGGGACGUGGCUUCAACAUCUCAAUUCUCUCCAAAACCUUGAGAUUGUUAAUGCUCCCAAACUCAAGUCGUUGCCCAAAGGAUUGCCUUCCUCUCUUUCAGUACUAAGUAUCACUUGCUGUCCAUUAUUGGUAGCAACAUUGCGGAGGAAGCGAGGGAAAGAGUGGCGUAAGAUUGUUCACAUUCCUGCCAUAAUUAUCGACGACGAAUUGAUCACAUAA